AUGGUCACUAUCACUCAUAACUCAUCACCAUCACCCAUCAUCAUCACUCAUCACUAUCAUCACCUCUCCAGCCCACAAAGCCCCCUGGGGGGCACGGCUGCUGCAUGCGAAGUCUCCAUCAGUUCUCCCGUACACGUGCCCAGUUCUCCGGUACACGUGCCCAGUUCUCCCGUACACGUGCCCAGUUCUCCCGUACACGUGCCCAGUUCUCCCGCUGUCUCUUAUACACAUCUAGAUGUGUAUAAGAGACAGCCCGUACACGUGCCCAGUUCUCCCGUACACGUGCCCAGUUCUCCCGUACAUGUGCCCAGUUCUCCCGUACACGUGCCCAGUUCUCCCGUACACGUGCCCAGUUUACCGGCGUAG